GGUGGCGUCCCCGGAGCGCGUUCUCGGCUUGUGUUCUCGCAACCACGCGGCGACGCGGCGACCAAAGCCAGUUCCGAAUGUUUCGCCUCGUUUUCGUCCUCGGCGCGCUCCUGUCCUGUGAGGCGCAGCUCCGCCCGCGCCGCGUGGGCGUCGACCCGCUUGGCGAGUCUGAGCCCGCCGCCGAUGCGGCGGGCGGCGACCUCGAGGCCAAGCUCGCCAAGCUCCGCGAGAUGGCGGCGGGCGGCGGCGCGGACGCCGACCCGGCGGCGCAGAUGGCGAUGCUGCAGGAGCUCAUGGGGGGCGGGGAGGGGGGCGACACGGCGGAGCUCGGCAAGAUGAUGGCUGGCGCGGGCAAGGACUUUGCGCAGGCGAUGGCCGCCAACAUGAAGGAGGCGGCAUCGCUGCUCGAGAACCCGGACGCGCUGCAGGAGAAGCUGUCCGAGCUGAUGGGAGGCGAGGGCGAGGGCGCGAACCUCAUGCAAGAGAUGCAGUCCGUCCUGACGGACCCGGACAAGCUGCGCGAGGGCAUCGCCGCGAUGGCAAACAACCCGAUGUUUGCGCAGAUGGCGGACGCGGUGCCGGGGCUGAAGCAGGCGUUCGCCGACCCCGAGGCGCUGGAGCAGGGGAUCGCCCACGUCACCAACGCCUUCGCGCAGAUGCAGGACGAGGAGGGCCAGCUCGACGUCGGCAAGAUGGCCGAGAUGAUGCAGCAGUCGAUGGGCGCGAUGGGCAGCAUGUUUGAAGGGAUGGACGCCGAGGGCGUUCAGGAGAAGCUGGCAGAGAUGAUGGGGGGUGGCGGCCUCGGCGGCCUCGGCGCCGGCUCGCUCGAUGAUUUUGGCGCGGCCGACAGCGAAAGCGACGAGUUUUGAAGCGGCGAUCGCCCGAGCCCUCUUUUUUCUGAACACGUGUGGACUCACCGCCUGACGAACUGUGCUCUGUGGAACUGUGCGAGGCCCCCUAGUGGCGCAAGCGGUGUGGUGUGUUUAGCGUGCUAUCGUACCGG